AGCGCGGACGUUCCCUUGAACAUGUGCGUGCGUGAUAUUCGGCAUAACCUUCAUUCACUAGAAGCGGCUGAAAAUAAAAGUAGUUCAGCAUGGAAGCAGCAAUGGCCAUUACGACCAAAUUCUGCCAGAAGGAGCUGGAGGAGUACGGCGGCUGCGUGGUGUCCAACCCCACAUCCUGGCAGGAGAAAUGUCAGGAGCUGAAGCUGAGGGUCGCUCACUGCACAUCCUCACAUCCAGUGAUCAGGAAGAUCCGCUCAGACUGUGCAAGUGAGUUCUCGGUGUUCGAGCGUUGUCUGCAGGAGAAUCAGAGCUCAGCUGAAGUCUGUCAGUCUCACCUCUCACGGUUCCUGACCUGCGUCGAGACCGUCGAUCUCUCUGGAGUUGCACACGCUGCGCCUCAGCCGUCAUAGACGGGUUCUGUUUAAUGAGGAACACAGGUGAUUAAUGCUCAAUACUGGGAAGAAAUGGGUUUUGAAAAUGUCUGAAGAAGUGCCACACACACCAAAAACAAGAACUCAAUAUUUUGCAAACCUUUAGUUUUUCUCAAACUGUAUAAUGUGAUUUUUUUUCUUCUUCUUUUGUUUGUUGGAAGUUUUCACACUAUUUAUGAGAUGAACCAUUUUUAAAAUGUUUCCAUGAUAUUAAAAACACAGU